AUGGCGACAUCGGGCGCCCAUAUUAAAAGACCUGCUUCAUCAUUCGAUGAGAACCAUGCGAAGCGGAUAAAGCGUCAUUGCCAUCACCACCAUCGUUUACAAGAGCCCGUGAUUCUCCCAUCCAUGUCCGAGCCAGUCGUGCAAGAUGACACCCAACUGGACCAAUUAAUGAAUCGGGCAGUCGGCCAGACUUUGAAGGAUUCGGGGUUUGAGUUAGCCGAUCCAGCUGCGCUGUCAAGUCUCUGUAGUGCUACUGAAGAGUAUAUGCUCCGACUCUCUACAUUCAUCCGUCAGUCCAUGCUAUCUGCGCGACGUAUCCAACCAAUUCCGCACGAUUUCGACCACGCUCUGAAGCGUAUCCGCCUCAAUCCCGAUGAUCUUCUCCCUCAUCUCAAAACGCCCUUAGACCAACCCAAGCCGACAUUACUACCAUCUCCCCCACCAGAGAAUGAAAUAUCCAAAUCUCUCCCAUUCCUCACGUCUCUAAGCAGUGAAGACGACCGCGCAAGUCGUCCCUAUAUCCCCAAACACUUCCCGAGCUUCCCUAGCAAACACACCUACUCUGCCACCGCAGUUUUCAUCGGACGAGACAACGACCCGCGCAAAAUUAGGGAACGCGCUGCAGAGGAUGGACGGCAUGGCGAGGAAGCUUUGCGCAAAUUAGCGGGCGCGGCAUUCCGCGACAACCAGACGGGUUCGACUGGCCGCGAUAAGAAACUCUGGGGUCGGAGAAUGGACAGCAUGGAAAGCAUGUUCGAAAAGACGAUCAAGGGACUAUCCAAAAAGCACAGCAAGGACUCCCACGGCACAAUCACCAGCUCAACUAUGGAUAUUGCCUCGGGACACCCGGCGGAUGCCGACACCAAGCCCCGGCUCAACAUCUCAGAGCUGGGCCCCAUUGUCAACUGUGAGCGAGAUCUCUGGCGCCAGACAAGCUCGAAUACACAGCGAAGAGAGGAUAAGACUCCAAAGCCUCUAGCAAGUGUCGAGCCGGCGGAUCUCAUGAUUGACCUGUAA